UUAAAAUGAUUGUCUUUCAACAUGAUCCAAAAACAAAACCAGAAGGAUGCCCUGAAAUGCCUGUGCCCGCCUCUGAGCUCUGGCCAGCUUCCUCCCGCGACACCGGGAUGCCGGGCUGCGCACGGGGCCCGCGGUCCCCCCGCCGCCGCCGGCCUGCGCACCAUCUUAGAAGCGCCGAGAGGUGGCACACGACUUUCUGGCCCACGUGCGAGGACCCCGCCUCGGGCGGAGGACACGCCCGGCCUUCCCCGCCUCUGAUGGAUUAGCCCCCGCGGUGGAAGGUCGCCCGGGGAGCCUCGGCCGCCCAGUCGCGGCGCCGGGCGUGCGGGCGCAGCGGCUCCUCCUCCCGCGGGCGCGCCCGGCUCCGCGUGGACCGGCCGCCGCUGUCCCCGGAGGAGAGCCGGCAGAGCCUCUGGCCCCGGAAGGAAGGCAGGACGGAGGAAGGCAGCGGGGUGCCCGGCCGCAAGGCCCUGGGUGUGGACGCGGGGGGCGUGUGUGCGCCGGAGAUGCCGCGGCCCAGCCCAGGGCGCUGACCACCAUGCCGUUCCCGCCCGCGCCGCCGCCGCCGCCCACCCCGGCCCCGGGGGUCCCCGCCGCGCGCCCGCCGCCCCGGAAGCCCGGCGCCCCGCGCAAGGCGGCGGCGCCCGCCUGCGCCCCGCCCGGACCCUCGCCGCCCGCCGCGGCCGCCGAGAAGAAGAGGAGGCCUCCCGAGCGGCCCCCGGGGCCGCUGUCCAGCUCCUGGCCCUCCGCCACUCUGAAGCGGCCGCCGGCCCGCCGCGCCCCCGGCCCGGCCUCCCCGCGCGCCCCGGCCCCGUGCGCGUCACGGCCGGCAGGUUCCGGCGACGGCCCCGCGGGGACCGCGGCCUCAGGGGCGCGGACCGCCGCCUCGGGCGCCGGGCCCGACGCCGCCCUGCGCUUCUCGCUGAGCCUCACGCCCGAGGCCGUGCUGGUCAUCCAGCGGCGCCACCUGGAGAGGCAGCUGCUGGCUCGGCCCCGGCGGGCGCCCCCAGCCGACGCCGGGCGCCCGCCCGCCCCCUGCCCCCGGGCCGCGGGCCUCGGCCGCCGUCUGGCCCCGCCGCCGCCGCCCGUCCCCGUCCCCGGCCCGCGGCCCGCCGACCUGCGCUCGCUGCUCAAGGUGUCGCUGCUCAACGAGCGGCACAAAUACGACGACGUGGAGUACGAGGAGGAGGCCGUGGCCGCCGACGAGGGCCUGGUGCGCAAGUGCACCGAGUGGCUGCGCGGCGUGGAGUCGGCGGCCGCCGCGCGCGACCGGGCGGGGCCCCUGGACGCGCUGCCGCACCUGAGCUCGCUGUGACCACGCCCGCGGCCCUCCCGGGCUCCGGAGAGCCGGCCCCGCGGCCCACCACCUGCAGAGGACCGGAGACGGCCGCCGCCCCGCCUGCGGCCCUCCCGGCCUCCCCGCGGCCCACCACCUGCAGAGGACAGGGAGACAGC